AUGGAUGUUGAUACUCAAAAACCUAACAAGUAUUCUUCUGAAUAUCAUACAGUCUACUUGUCACGAUCUAAUAAAACAUCAAAACAAGAUUUUCAAUCAAUUGAAUCUAACGAUGAUAAGGAUAACUCUUCAGAAUCUGAAGCAAUUGUCUAUAUAUCAGAUUUACCACUAAAUAUUGAAGACGAUGUUCAAUUACAUCGUUUAAUUGAAACUCGACUAGAAAAAACUUUUCAAAUAAUACCAAUUAGUGUUCAAUGUUAUCCAAAAUUAGGUGUUGGUUUUAUGUGUGUUCGUAAUAAUGAUAUAAAAAAUCGUUUAGUUAAUGAUAUUCAACGAAUUGUAUUAGAUUCAACAAGAGAUACAUCAUUAAUAUCAUUUAAUGAUACAAUUGAAAUUAUAUCAUAUAUUGUUAUUGAUAUAACAAAUGAAAAAAAUGAUAUUGAUUUACCUAAACCUAAUGAAAUUCGUAAUCGAUGGAUUGAUCUUUAUCAUGGUGAAAAAUCUAUUUCAUGUGAACAAAUAAGUGUUCAAUUUCCUAAUAUAUAUCGCAUUAUUUCAUAUUCAUUUGAUGAUUUACUUAAUGCUAUGUCAAAUAGAGAUUUUUUAAUUAAUAAUUUAAUUGCUCGAGUUUAUAUUGCUGCAGAUUGUAGUUAUUUUGAAGAUUUACCAAAAUCAACAACAAAAGAACAAUUAGAAAAAGCAAUAUGUUCUUCAAUAGGAAAACAAAAUAUAUCAUCAUUAUCGCUUUAUAUUGAAUUAAAUAAACAAACUAAUAAUGCAUGUAUUAUAGCUACCGAUCAAGCUCGAAGUUGGUCAACAAAAAGUUUUCUUUAUCUUAAUGAUAAACCAAUGUCAAAAAAAGAAAAUUUAACUUGUCGUUUACUUAUUCAUCCAAUAUCAGACAUUCACAAUGAUGUUGAUGAGAUUUUAGAUGAGAAAAUAUUUGAUGGACAAGCAACAAUUAUAGAAAGGCGAGAUAAAAAUCUUGUUCUUGAAAUAUCGAAUAAAAAGAUUUAUGAUAAUUGUUUAACUGUUGGAGUUCUUAGUAUUAAAGAUAAACCAAGAUUAAAAAUGGAAGUUUAUACAACAUUAAAUAAUCCCGAAGAUCAAGAAAUUGAUCUUGAUACAUGGUAUCAAUAUGAUAUGAUUCGCUAUAAACCUGAUAUUAUGCAAUUUAUUGUUGAUCUUGAUCAUCCUAUUUUUCGUUAUAAAUGGAAUCCAGAUAUAUGGUUUGAACAAUUUCAAAAUUCAAAACCGCAAAAUCAUUCAACUAAUUUUAAUUCUAGACAUCAUUCAAAUUUAUCAUCAGAUAAAAUUCGUCAUUUACUUCAAAUGACAGUUAUGUUAAAUACAAUUGGAGUUAUUAGAAAAAAAAGUUAUUUUAUUAAAAAUAAACAAAUUAAUUUACAUUUAAAUCCAAAAUUAAAAACAAUUAUUUAUAAUCAUGAUUCACUAUUGGAACAUGGUCAAACAGUACAAUUAACAACAACUCCUUAUACAGAAACAAAAGUUAAAGUAAUAAAUGAAGAUUGUGUAACUGUAUAUGGAAAUUGUUGUAAAGAUUAUAAAAAACCACUUUUAUUAAAUAUGGCUAAUGCAACAAGUCCAGGUGGUGGUUAUAGAAAAGGUGAUGGAGCACAAGAAGAAAAUCUUUUUCGUCGAUCAGAUUAUUUUCGAAGUCUUGAUGUUGAUCUCGAUCGUAUACAAGAAGAAACACCAGAACGAUUUAUUUGUUCAUCUGAUGAAAAAUGGGAAACAUUUAAAUCUGGAUCAAUUCCACAAAAUAUUAUUGAUUGGAUUUGUACUGUACAACCAGUUCAUCGAUGUCGACGAGAAAUAUUUGAAUCAAUACUUCUUCAUGGACAUGUUAUGAGUAGAGAUUAUAUGGAACAACUAAGAUUUCCAGAAAAAGUUGUUACAUCUGUUUUUCAACAUAGUGAAAUACGAAGAAUUCAAUGUUUAAAAGAGAGAAACGUCGCUCAACAUGUUAGAGAAUAUAUUGAAGCAUUAGUCAAUGAAGAAUUUGCUAAAAAACGUUAUGAAGUGAUAAAUAUGGAUGAGACUCAAGCUGGGAAUCAAUUAUUAUCUUCUGAAAUGGACACAAUGAAAUCUCGUGAAGAUUUAAUAAAAAGUAAAGAAGUUAUUCUAUCGAAUGUAAUAUCUCUCGAAGAAAUAAACACAAUUAAAACAAAAGCUAUUGAAAUAGCUCAAGCUUCUAUUAAACUUCAUUCAAAUCCAGCUGGUAUUGGUUAUGAACGUGAUAAAGAUUUAGGUACAAAUAAAAGUGUUUUUAGUGUUCUUGGACCUCAUUUAGGACACUAUUAUGGAGAUGUAUUUAUUGUUUUCAAACGAGAAAUUCUUCACCAUCCAGAUGCAAACUUUUCACUUCAAGCAGCAACAUCAUAUGCUAGUGGUAAUUGUUUUAGUUGGCGACCUUGGUUGCGCAGUGACUCGACUUCUAACGAUGAUGGAGUCAAUUUAUUUCAUAAAACAAAAUUACAUGCUGCAAUAACAGGUUAUGAAUAUGCAACUGCACUUGAACUGAUUGCUAUGAUGAGUCAGAGUUUAAAGAAAAAGUCAAUGAAUAUUAAUUUAGAUACAAUUCUUAAACAUUGGCUUACUCGAGAUUCUCAUACGGUCAUUGAAGCUCAUUUACCUCAACUUAUUCCACUUGAUUAUAUUGAUCAUAUUUAUAUGUCACAGAACAUAUUCGAUUCAUUAAGUACUAAUACACGAAAAUUUAUUGAUGUUACUUUCAAAGGUCGUAUUACUAAAACAUCACAUGAAAUUGAACUUGAUCGAUUCGAAGGACCAUUCGGUCCUAAACCUGAUUCAAAAAUUCGAAUAGAAUAUCAAGAUUUUGUUAUAAAAGAUAUAAUUGAAAAAUAUGGUCAACGUGAUAUUCAUUCUAUUUCGAGACCUAUUCAAGGAACUAUUAUAACAAUACCUUCAAGUGAUCUUACUGAUCAUUAUGUUUUACCUAUAACAAUAUCACAAGCAUAUAAACAAUAUAAAGUUGAUUAUUCAAAUGUUUCAAGUGAUGAUAUUCCAUUUUAUAUCUAUUGGCAAGUUAUGAAUGGUGAUAUGAUGUUAACAUUAUCAAAUGAACAAAUUAAUACAGGAAAACAACAACCUAAUCUACGUUGUUUAAUAUCUUAUAUAGCUGAAAAACCAUCAACAAAAGAUUUUCAUUAUCAUGAAAAUGAAUCUUAUUUAUAUAAUGGUCGACCAUUUCAACAUGAAUUUGUUAUUAAUGGAACUAAAUAUGCAAUUAAAUCUCGAUCAUUUUAUAUUGGAUGUAAUACAGAUGAUUUUAUGACAUUUUGUCUUGAAAUUCAACGUUCAACAGGUAAAGUUAUUUUAUCUCAUGCAGGUCCUAAUUCAAUAUAUAAUCAUGAACAAAUUUCUUCAACAUUUUCAAAAUCUGAUCUUGAUCUUAAUCAAUUAAAUUAUAUUCAUGUUAGUGCUCGAGCUCGUACAGUACCUAUUCGAAAUGUAUUCGUUACUUUCGAAAAACAGCCUAAACCUCUCGAUGAAACUGAUAGCAAUGUUCAAUUGGAUUCAUCCGGUCUUCCAGAUAACAGUUCUGACAAUAAUAAUACAACAAUAUUAUCAACAAAAGACACAGUAAACCAACAAGAUCAAAGUUCAGUAAAUAUUCUUCUAAUAUGUAUACGAUAUUCUUGGUUAAUUUUAUUGAUUCUUCUCUGUGAAUCAUUUACAAGUUAUGAAUAUUCUUCAAAUUAUAUUCAAAAUUAUCAACAAAUUAAACAAAUUAUGCGAGAUUGGUGUAUAAAACAUGGAAUUAGACGUGAAUUUCGUUGGUUCAUUAUACUAACAAUACCAUUUCUAUUAGAUUUAGUUUUAACAAGAUUCUUUUAUCCCCUAUUAUUACCAGUUUUAUUUAUUAUUCAAUAUAAUUGGUUGAUUUUAAUUUUUAUUCUUGAUGGAAUGAUAAUUAAACAAAAAUAUUUUCUAAAUUUUACUAGAAAAUAUCAAGAAAUAAAAACAAACAUUGAUAAUUAUCUUUCAUAUAAUCUUGAUGCAAAAUAUACAAAACUAAGACGACGAUUAAGUCAUUGGCAUAGAAAUGAUAAUUUUGAAAAUAGAGUAAUUCUUUUUUCAAUAUUAAUUGGUCCACUUAUUAUACAAAUAUUAUUUCUUUUUGCUAUACCAAUUUUAAAAUUUAUUUUAUUAAAUUUAUGGAAAUCAUUAAUAUAUAUAAUAUAUUAUAGUUGGGUACUUUUAAUAGUUUUAAUAACUGAAUCGAUUAUUAUUAAACAUCAAUAUUUUCCAAAAUAUAUUAAAUUAUAUGAUGCUUUAAAAAAGGACAUAAUUCAAUGGAGCAAAGAUAACAAAUUUCGAAGAGUACUCAUGUUGAUUUCUAUUUUUAUCAGUCCAUUUAUAUUAGAAAUGUGCUUUAUAUGGUUUGUACCAAUGAUAAAAUUAGUUUUUUUUCUUUUAUGGCAAUUAUGUCAAUUAAUAACUAUUUAUUGUUGGCCAAUAUUAAUAAUAAUUAUUAGUGAAAUUUUAAAAGAAAAUAAAAUAUUUUCAAGUUAUACAAAACACUAUGAAUUAAUAUCAGAAAAAAUUCAACAUUGGAUCGGACAAAAACAUUGUAAAAUUCGAUCGAUGACAAUACGAGAGAUCUUAUUGUUUCUUUUAACAAAAUUAUUUUUAUUUAUGAUUCGAUAUUGUUGGUUAAUAUUAAUAAUUGCGAUUAGUGCAAUUUUACACAAUAAUAAAAUAUUUCUAAGUUAUACUAAAAAAUUUGAUUCAUUUAUGAUUAAAAUCGAUCGUUGGACUGGACAGAGUAAGAUAAAAAACGGCAUAGUCUUUAUUUUGAUCCUAGGUUUACCUGCUUUAUGUGAACAUUGUAAAAUUGGUUCAUUAUCAAUCAGAGAAAUUUUUAUCUAUCUUUUAAUAAAAUUGUUUGUAUUCAUCAUUCGUUAUUGUUGGUUAGUAUUGAUAAUUAUUGUUAGUUCGAUCUUAAAAGACUAUAAUAUGUUUCCAAGUUAUAUAGAAAAAUGUGAUUUGCUUGCCGAUAAACUUGAGCAUUGGGCUCAUAAUAACAAGUUAAGAGGCAUAGCCAUUCAUGCUUUUAUUUUAUUCACUCCAUUUACAUUAGAAAUGGUUUUUAUUUGGUUUUUACCAUUGAUGAAAUUACUCCUCUAUCUUUUAUGGAAAAUAUUUCUGUUUUUAAUUCAUUAUUUUUGGUGUGUAUUAUUAGUGUUUAUUUGUGAAAUUUUAGAAGAAAGCGAUAUAUGUCCGAAUUG